UCCCUUAUUGAACCAAUGGGUAUAAAACAGAAAGAAAGAGACAGAGAGAGACAAGAUAGCAACAUAGUGAAAGAGAAGGAGACAGUUGAUUAUUAUAAUAAAAUGGAGAAAGAAGUAGCAGAGAAGAUUUCCUCAAUACAAGAAAUAUCAACAAAUUUGAAACAGACCCUCUCCAAAAUAAAGGAGGGAAUUACAACAGAUCCAGCUGGAACCACUCCAGGACUGACCCCCAGCGAUAUAGAAGCAAUAUCAGUCCUGCCUGAGACACUGCACCAGUACUCACAGCUGUUGAAUAAUUUAUCGGAAGAAUGGGAUAAACUACUACUGACUAGUGAUGGAUUGGGUACAGUAACUUCUUAUGAUGGAAGUGUAUUCAACCCACAAGAAGUAUCACUAGUACUGGUGAUACACUGUAUUAUAUCAGACAUGGAAAUGUUGCUAACUGAAGCUAAUAAAACCCUAACAGCUGGUCCUUCCCUCCAAUAUUCCGAUGCCAUCAAUAAGAUCUAUGCUGUCAUUGCUUCAAUGCAGUACAUGUGUCAAACAGGGCCGGCUGGAAAAGACUUUCCUUCUCAUCAGUUUGGAGCCGGAAUUGAAAAAAUAACAAAGACACUCCCAGACUAUCAGACGAGGGUGGAAGCCAUUGGAGUUCAAUAAACAAAUUAAUAAAAACAACAAACAAUAAUAAAUAAAUAUACAUAGUUGUUGUUUUUUUAAGUCUUCAAUAUUAUUAAUCCGUUCCCUAUUCCCGUGUUUACUACAUAUCGCAUGAAUUGUUUAUACUAAAAAAAUGUGUUUGUUUACUUCACUGACACAACAUUAGAGCU